CCGCUUCGUUCGGUCGUUUCGGAGCUGUGUAUGUGCCUUCCCGACGCCGAGGGGAAGCUCUGCUCUGAAGUCGAAGCGUCGCGAUUCAUCGGUGUGGGUAUGUGAUUGCACAUUGGAGGCGAUGGCCAGUGGAGAGGAUGGAGGCCGCCAUCGUGCUCAUCACACGGCUAACGUGAUGGAUCAGCAGAUGCAGGGGAGCGGCCAGCGGCAUGGCAACAGCAGCUCCAUGGCCAUGACGCCCAUCAAUGCGGCGGAGAGGGCCGUGGUGAUGCAAUCGUCGGAUGAAAAGGUGAGCAAGAGCUGACGGCAGAUAUACGUGGAUCCGUCCUCUUCUCGCGUCCGUCAGGAAGCCGUCCACUACGGGGCGCUGCACAAGGUUGCCAAACAAACCCCAACGGUAGGCCACCAACACCAAGACUCCCCCGGGAUGCACUCCACCGCUCCCCACGCGUCUUACACAGGAGAAGGAGGCGUCAGUACGGGCUGUGCGUGAGGGCCACUCCCGUGAAGUGUCAGACCUGCAGGCCCGCCGCAGCGCCGAGACCACGGCCAGAUGUGCGACGGAGAUCUGGCGGCAGGAGGUGGAUGAAGGAGGUGAGAGGGCUCAGCGGAUGGCCAUGGAGGCUGCGGUUCGUGAGAUGGAGGCCAGUCGCAUGGCGCAGAGAGACCAGGCAGUCAAGGACAGCACACAACACAAACACGCCAAGGUACAGUGCCCACCACACGAACCCACCACCAGCAGCACGUCUGUUGAUCCAUCUCUCCGCGUGUGUGUGUCCGCGAGUGUGCAGGAGAGGCAGCGUUCGUUGGAGCUGCAGAGCAACCCCAUCCGUCUGCAUCGACUGACGGAGCGGCACGACCUCCACGUAGACAUCGACACCUACCUCGCCCCGCCACCCGACAGCUCGCUCCCCACACCAGCACCCCUGCAGCCCUACCAACCGCCCCACAAGCACGACAGCGACCAGGAGGAGGGCGUGCCCAAUGUGCGGCGGGGCGAGAGGGGCAAGCGGAUGCUGGGAGGGGGUGGGCAAGUGGAGAGGUGGGAUGACCAGCCGAUGACAUCACGCAAGCUGCACCAGGGUGGGCUGGGAGGGAUGUGUGUGGGAGAAACGAUGGAUUCCCAUGCACUGCCUUCAUGUGUCUGUCGAUGUCUGUUGACGCAGAUACGUCGGAGAGGAAUGUGGAGCAGGUCAUGUCGCCGGCGGCCGAGGAGCAGAUCAAGACCGUCCGUGACGCCCCCCUCAAGUCAUCCGGGAGACGCAUGAUAGGCGCCACAGCGACUGGCCGCCAUCGCCGGCUGCAGCUGGAGGCUGACAUAGGCAUAGAGAUGGAGCCACCCACACGGUCGGCACAGCCACGCACGCUCAACACAGGUACGCCCACCAUCAAGGAGACGGUGUGACCGCACAGGCUCUGUCCUUUCCUUGUGGGUGGAUCAGGUGAGCCUGUGGUGCCCGACAAGAUGGAUCACACGCCCCUGGCCCCACAGCAGCGGCAGACCCAUCGCACCCGGCUGCAGACACUUCCUCUCCCCGACAGGCCGGCGCCGCCUUCAGUGUCGUCAUCCGCCAACAAUCCGUGUCUGCCACCGAUGCCCAACUUCCCGCCCCCACGGCUCGAUGACGCCGACCAGCAUCCACUGCACGAAACCAGACCGCCGACGGCAGUGCUAGAGCGAGGAUGCCAGCAGCAGAAGGGUCAGGAGGGAGAGAACGCCAAGGCGCUGCGUGGACACAAGAGGCCCGACCUUGUGGAGACCCCUCCCGUCAGCCGACUGACGCAGCCCGUCGUCACCAGCCCCAUAGCUGCCAAGGGCACGUCGGUGGGUGGGGUGAAGCCACACAAGGGCGGGGCGGCUACGUAGCGUCAGAGGCUUCGUAGCGGUGGCCACCGGGGCUCGCCCGUCGACGGCAGAUCUGCCCGCCGGCCGCCAGCUGCUGGGGGUGGGUGGUGCGCUCGCCGGUGCUGCCUGUGCCAGAGGACCUUGCAGAGGCCAACCACUCGGUCGUCACGUCCCAAGGCGACGGAAGCCAGACACAGACACACCAGCAGCUGCGGCAGGAGGUCGGGGCAGCGGCAGGCAAGAAGGCCAAGGCCAAGGCCACGUCGCGUGUGUCUUGCAAGGGCGUCAGCGGCAGUGCCAAGGCCCGGCCGAGUGGUCAGCAUUGGCCCGACACCGACAGCAUCUUCGGCAGCCGGUGGGGCAAUCCCUUCACGGGCACCACUGCAUCACACGUGGGCAGCCGGGGGCAGUGUGGGCCGCCGGGUAUGUUAGAAGGGUAGGG